AUGGAAGGAAUUGGAAGUGAGCCAAUUCCGAUAGUGUCUACUACGAAGACCGUUUCGGACAUUCUUUCCAAUCAUGAUUCAGAUUCUGAACCACAAACUGAUGAAGUUGAAGAAUACUUGAAAGAAAGAGCCGAACACAAUUAUCCACAGGCGCUAUUUCAACUGGGCCAUUUCUAUUUUGAGCAGGAACGUUAUGCUGAAGCCAAGAUAAUUUUUGAAAGAAUACACGAUAAAGACUAUCAAGCGAAGUAUUUGUUGGCAGUUAUGCAUUAUGAUGGAAUUGGAACUGACGAAAAUUAUGAACUUGGAAUACAAUACAUGCGCGAGAUAGCCACUGCAAAGAAUAAAGGAAUGUCUAAUUUAAUAGCAAGUGCGAAGUACAAUCUUGGUAGGGCCUAUUUUCAAGGAUUUGGAGUCAAACAAUCUAAUGAAAAGGCAGAGAAAUUAUGGAUACAAGCCGCUCAAGGAGAUGACGAAGGAAGCGUUAAGGCUCAAGCUGCUUUAGGAUUAUUUUAUUCUCAAGAAGAAAAUGUAGAUCUUGAAAAGGCAUUUUAUUGGCAUAAGAUAGCUACAGCAAAUGGGAGUUUAGAAAGUCAAGGAGCACUCGGAGCUAUGUAUUGGAAGGGCCAAGGUACAAAGCAAAACGUUGAAGCCGCACUCAACUGUUUUAAACAAGCUAGCGAAAGAGGAAAUGUUUACGCGCAAGGAUGUCUUGUAGCUCAUUAUUAUACAAGGAAACUAUACAAAAGAGCUGUCGAAUUAGCUAAAACGGUUACGACAAACGAUGGCAUUUUCGAAACAGCAAGAUCCACUGAUUGCCUACCAAGCUAUAUUAUUAAAGGGAUGGCAAUGUCAUGCUUUUAUUAUGCUCGCUGUCUUCAGAAUGGCUUAGGGGCUACCAGGGAUACUUCAGAGGCUAAGAAACUCUACUCAAAGGCCUGCAAGUAUGACUUAGAUGUGGUUGCCGCUCUUCAGCAAGAUAUGACUUUUGGAUUCAUAUAG